AUGGAGUGGACAGAAGGGCUUGUUGUUGAACAUGGUUUAUCAGAGCUGCUCCACAUCACACAGAUGACUCUGUUUCCUGGAGAGACCGAUCACACACACGAGAAGUUCCUGAGAUGUGUUACUGCGGAGAACCCUACAGCUCAUCUGAGAGGAGUGUGUGUGUGUGUCUCAGACGGCUGGGAGCUGAUGGAGCGCUUUGAUGGAGACGAGGUUCUGCUGCCCGACACAGACUUCAUGAUCGACGAGCAGCGCUCUCACACCAGCGGGAUGGAUCUGAUGGAUCGCCUCGUGUUCCUGGAGCAGCGCGUCCAGAUGCAGGACGAUGAGAUCCAGCUGCUGAGGAUAACCAUGACUGAUGUGCUGAAGAGACUCGACAUCUCAGAGGAGCUCAGGAGAACACCUGCUAAAGCAGCUCGUCCUGCUUCUCUGUGUCUGGCUCCUAAAGCCAUCAGCUCUUCUUCCUCAUCUCUGAGGAAGAGCUCCAGCUCCACACUGCCCUCUCCAUCCUCCUCCAGGAACUACAGCCCAGCCCCCGGCGCAAAGAGGGCUCCUGGUUCUAACACUAAAGACACUCCGAGCACUAAAGCAAAGACGAGCUCCUGCAGGAAACCACUGGAGAUCAAACCUAAGGAGACAAGUGCAGCAAAAACAGGCUCCAGACGAGUCACUCACUGUAAAGUGACUAUGCAGAUCUCUCUGACGCCGCGGUCAGGAAGGACUGGGUCAGCUGAGCCGGAGCCGGUGGUGUCCGUGUCGCUGCGGUCCACUGUGUGUCCGUCCACAGGAUCUGCAGUCGUCCAGAAGAGCUCGCUCCGGAACGCUCCCAACCACAAGAGUCCCAUCAAAUCCCCGAGUCAAUACUUCCAGAUCUGCUACUGAAGAGUCCCGAGUGUUAGUGACUGGGGUCAACCUCUAGAGAACAACACUUCCUCCAGUGAAACAUCUGCUGUUGUCUCUCACAGAUUAGUUUAGAUCUGUUUAAACGCUGCUUGAUCUGUGCAGAUUUCUCUCCUGAUUCAGACCAGAACACUUUUUCACUGGAGGAAGUGUUAUUAUGGAUUAUAGACUCUAUGUUUUAGUUAAAAAUGUCUUAAUGCUGGAUUUGUUCUUAGUAGUAUUUGGUCCCGAAUAAAAAAAAGAAAUCAGA